AUGUCGAUAAGUUAUGUAGACAUGGGAAUUCAUCCCAUGAUUGAAGGAAGCCUCUGUGAUGAAGUACAGAAAAGUAUAACACAUCUGAGCAACAGUCAUAAAGAUGUGUGGUUUGAACCUCCUGGGGCGACGAAGCUGCACGUGACCGCGAGGACCCCAAGGAUUUAUCCAGUGGGCUUUAAGAAAUUGAGUUUACUUAUGUGGUCAUUGUUUGGGAACUAUGUGCAGAAUUUCCCAACCAUGCUUGCUGCUUUGGCCUUGGAUGAAGCGUAUAAGGAGAGUGUAUUGACUGGGGAAUCCCAGACACAGAGAUUUGGUGCUGCCCCUAUGGUGCCAGCACAGGAGCAACAAGAUAGCAACUUUCACAGCCCACUUGUUUUGGUUGGCAACUAG